AUGCCCCUAAAAGUUUUAGUGGGCACGUAUAAUGUCAAUACACAGGAGAUAGAUCAAGAUUUAUCUUCGUGGUUAUUUCCACUCAACGGAUUUUCAGAUUCUUCUGCUAAUACAUCAACCACCACAUUGGUAAAUAAACCUGACAUUAUAGCAUUAGGUUUUCAGGAAUUCAUACCCCUACCUCAUUCACUCCUCGCUACUGAUACUGAACGUUUGGAUCAUUGUGCAAACUUGAUUGAACGCACGAUAUUCUUGAAUACAAAGGAAAGUUACACUCAAUUGGUAAAAGCUAGUUAUGUUGGACUGGUUUUGUUCAUUUAUACCAGAGACAGAAGCAUUACGGGAUUAAUUCAAAGCUAUGAGAUUUCUACGGCUGGAGUUGGGUUAUUUUGGAUCGGAAACAAAGGAGGAUUGGGUGCCAGGAUUGUUCUUAAUCAAGAGUCUGUGACAGAUUGGAGGGAAAUUGAUGGUAGAAAUAUCAAUGACGAAAAUAUGAGUGAGAAUGAAUUAGUAUUGUGUUUUGUAGUUGCACAUUUAGCGCCUCAUAGUCACAAUACUCAAAGACGCAACCAAGAUUUUAGAAACAUCUGUGAGAGAUUGAUAUUUACAAAUAGUGAGCAACAAUACAUAUUACGGCAAGAAGAAGAAAUAAUAGUUAAUGAUGAAAGCCUUAGCGAAGAUGGAUCAACAAAUACUCCACUAAUACCAAGAAAUCAAUUCAAGGAUAAUCAAAAAAACAAUAAAAUGGAUUCACUAGCAUGCUGUAAAGAUCGAGAAUAUUUUACAAUUUAUGAUUCCGAUUUUUUAUUCUUUUUUGGAGACCUGAAUUAUAGAAUUGAACUUGACGAGCAGUUACCACAAAUACAUCGAAAUGCUUUAGGCAAUAGAAAUAAUAUUUCGCUUCACUCAACAAAUCACCUCACUGUUGAAAAAUUAUUAAAUUUAUUGCACGAAAAUCAACAUAUUCGCUUAAGAAAUCAUGACCAAUUAACAAGAGAAGUAAAGUCCGGCAAAGUCCUUAAUGGUUUCGAAGAAGGGGAGUUAAACUUCUUGCCUACUUAUAAAUUUCACAGAGGUAGCGAACAUGAGUUUGAUGCUGUAAAGAAGAUACCAGGAUGGUGUGAUAGAAUAUUUUAUUUCUGGCAUAAAGAAGGCGAUGAUAAUACCAAAAGGGAAGUUCCAAUUAAAUUAAAUUAUUACAUCUCACACCCCUCAUAUACUUUAUCGGAUCAUAAACCUGUAUCUGCAUUCUUCACUAUACCAACUUUAUCUUCAGUACCCCUCAUUUCACCAACUUCACAUGAUCAAUUAGAUUCAUUUAGAGUUAUAACUGAAAAGAGACCAAGAACAUUCAAUUCGCCAUUUACAGUUGACAGAAAUAUAAGAACAAAAUUUAUAAUAGGGGAAAUGGCAGCUAAGGUGUCUGGAAGUGUAUGGUGGGUUUUUGGUACAAGGCAGGGAAUUGAAGUUUGUUUGAUGUCGAGCGUAACACUUGUCAUUGUAUGGUGGAUGGUAAAAAAAUUUUAUGAUAUAUAA